GGUCCGGUCAGUCAGUGACAGGCUCCACCUCUCACGACACUCCUCCGGGCUUGUUAGGCUGUUACCAGGCAGACAGCCUUUCCAACAUGGCAGCGUCAAGCAACGCAGAGCAAACGCAGUUACAAGAUAUGGAAGAGGAAGAUGCAGGGAUGGAGGAGAGGGAGAUGGAAUCAGACGAGGAGGAGGAAGGCAUGGGAGAGGAAAAUUCAGACGACGAAGAGGACGAUUCUUCUGAGGAUGAGAAGGAAAAUGAAGCCGAAAUUCAGCGGUUAGAGGAGCAGCUGUCCAUAAACGCCUUUGACUACAACUGCCAUGUGGAUCUGAUCAAACUGCUGAAGCAGGAAGGAGAACUUUUCCGUCUGCGUAAGGCAAGGCAGAAGAUGAGCGAGCUUUUCCCUCUCACAGAAGAGAUCUGGCUGGAUUGGCUGAAGGAUGAGAUCCGUCUGACUGAAGAGGAGCCGAACAGAGAGAAAGUCUACGAACUGUUUGAGAAAGCUGUGAAAGACUACAUCUGUCCAGAUAUUUGGCUUGAGUACGCUCAGUAUUCAAUCGGAGGCAUGGGCUCCCCGGGAGGAAUAGACAGGGUGAGAUCCAUCUUUGAGAGAGCUGUGACGGCCGUGGGGCUUCACAUGACGAAGGGACAGGCGGUGUGGGAGGCGUACAGGGAGUUUGAGAACGCCAUCCUGUCUACAGUGCAGCCUCCCCCUGGCAAGAUUCCCAGCCGCGAGGAACAGGAGUUGCUGAAGACUCAGCUCGGGAGAAUCCAUACUCUGUUUCGCCGCCAGCUGGCCAUCCCCUUAAUGGAAAUGGAAGCCACCUAUGCAGAGUAUGAGGAGUGGUCUGAAGAAGGAGUGGCUGACACGGUCACACAUCAGUACAAGAAAGCCCUGCAGCAGAUGGAGAAGUGCAAACCUUUUGAGGACUCACUGCUGGUAGCAGAACCUCCGAAGCUGGCUGAGUAUCAGGCUUACAUUGACUUUGAACUGAAGGAGGGUGAUCCAGCUCGGAUCCAGAUCACCUUUGAGCGAACUCUGGCAGAGAACUGUCUGGUACCAGACAUGUGGGCGAAGUACACCAGUUAUCUGGAUCGUCAGCUAAAGAUUAAGGACCUGGUUCUGUCCACUCAUGAACGUGCUGUCAGGAACUGUCCCUGGACCAUGGGACUGUGGAAGAGCUACCUGCUGGCUCUGGAGAGACACGGAGCGGACCACCAGACUGUGUCAGAUGUGUUUGAAAAGGCGCUAAAUGCAGGUUUCAUCCAAGCGACGGAUUAUGUGGAAAUUUGGCAGGCUUACCUGGACUACCUGAGGAGACGUGUGGAUUUCAGCAAAGAAUCCAGUAAAGAGUUAGAGGAGCUACGAGGAGCUUUCUCUCGCUCUUUGGACUACAUGAAGCAGGAUGUUGAAGAACGAUUUGGCGAAAGUGGAGAUCCUUCUUGUCUCAUAAUGCAGAUCUGGGCCAGGAUAGAGGCUCUUCACUGUAAGAACAUCCAGAAGGCGAGAGAGCUGUGGGACAGCAUCAUGACAAAGGGGAACGCCAAAUUCGCCAACAUGUGGCUGGAGUAUUAUAACCUGGAAAGGUCUUAUGGAGACCCCGUUCACUGCCGUAAAGCCCUCCACAGAGCAGUUCAGUGCACCUCAGACUACCCUGAGCAUGUGUGUGAAGUCCUGCUCACCUUUGAGAGGGUAGAGGGUACCCUGGAGGAUUGGGACGUGGCCGUUCAGAAGACGGAGACUCGACUGAACCGGAUCAAUGAGCAGAGAGCGAAGGUGGCAGAGAAAGAAGCCACUCUGGCUCGCCAAGAGGAGGAGAGAGCUGAUCAGCGGCGGAAGGCCAAGGCAGAGAAAAAGGCUCAGAAGAAGGUCCAGAAGGGAAGUCGAGCUGGGGAGAAGAGGAAAGCGGAGCAGGAUGAUUAUGAUGAUGAGUGGAAUGAAGACUCAGAACAAGCUCCCAAAAGGCUGAGAGGAAACGGGGAUCAAACUGCUGAGGAAUCCAUGGAGACAGAGACGGGUCUGUUUGGAAGGAACCCUCCUCCUGGUUAUAAACCGGCUCCACCUGGGUUUAAAAAACCUCAACCAGGACCUUCAGCAGCUGCCCCAAGGCCGAACGACGACAAACCAGAGCUUCGCAACGAUGACAGCAGCGUUUUCAUCAGCAACCUGGCGUAUACGCUGGAGGAGCCUGAGGCAAAGCUCAGGACGCUGUUUGAGACGUGCGGUCCCAUCAAGCAGAUUCGCCCCGUCGUCAGCAACAAAGGGACGUUCAAAGGUUACUGCUACUUACAGUUUGAGUCUGCGGUCUCUGUGGCUGAAGCGCUGAAGCUCGACAGACGGGAGGUGGAGGGGAGGCCAAUGUUUGUGUCGCCCUGUGUCGACAAAAGUAAAAAUCCUGAUUUUAAGGUGUUUAAGUACAACACAUCCAUGGAAAAAGAAAAAAUCUUCAUCUCUGGGCUGCCAUUCUCCUGCACUAAAGAGCAGCUGGAGGGAAUCUGCCGAGAUCACGGAGUGGUUAAAGAAGUUCGUCUGGUCACAUAUCGCUCAGGAAAACCUAAGGGUCUGGCCUACGUCGAGUUUGCAAAUGAAGCUCAGGCGUCUCAGGCGGUUUUGAAGAUGGACGGCAUGGAAGUAGAAGGCAACAAAAUCUCUGUUGCAAUAAGCAACCCUCCACGCAGAAACAUGGUGGAUAAACCCGGUUCCAGCAGGCCUGCAGCAGACUUGAUGCCUCGCCAGGUCUAUGGAUCGAGAGGAAGAGGACGCACUCAGCUCUCAUUACUCCCCCGCUCUCUGCACCGUCAGAGCGCUCCUGUAAACAAAGUGGAGAACGGGACGACAGCAGAAGCAGCGGCGAACGCGGCCGGAGAGACGAAACCUUUAUCAAACUCAGACUUUGCCAGAAUGCUUCUCAGCAAGUGAGAGGAAGAAGGGGGGAGCGUUUGGACCGCCUUCACACUGAAAGCCAUCGUGUGUCCUUACAAAGUAGUGUUGGUGAUUUUCUGUGAUUGGAUACCCGGCUUCCCUUUAAUCUUGUUCUCAUCGUCUGUUCUGCCUUAAUCUCCGAGUCCCUGCCCUUCAUCCUGAACCAAGACUCUUCAUCUUUGUGGCAGACUUUUCUUCAGUUUGGCUCUUUAAAGAUGGCUAUUUUAUAAAAAAACAAACAAAAAAAAGUGUAUCAUAUCUGUGUGUAAAUAUACUGUACCUAAAACUGGUCGCCUCAUGUGGCAAAGACUCUUCUUCUUUUGUGUCAUGUUGCAAAGAUCUGAGAGAAACAUACAGGAGAAUGUCUUUGAGAGGAUUUAUGCUUCUGUGUGGAAUCGUAGUGGGCCAUGGAGCACUGCGUACUCAGCCCAAAUGCUACUCGACUGUGAUUUUGCUGCCAGUUCUGAUCCGGCUGUCUCAUUUCCUGCUCAUUUAUGUUCAGGAAACCAGGAUGACUAAAUCAAGCGUAUUAUGUUAGAGCUGGAGCUGAUAAAUACAGAGCAGCAGUCAAUUAUAGUGCAGUUAUUGCAAAGAAGCAACAAUGUACAAGAUGGAAAGGACAGGAUUUUUUUGCACUUAUCAGUCACUGAGAGAGACACAAUUUAAGAUGCACAUCUGUAAUUUUAAUUUUUAAAGAACUGAUCUUGCCUACUGUGUCGAUUUUUGGUGUACUUACAUUUUUGAGAUGGUAAAUGUCAGCUAAGCAAGUUGGCUUUCACAAAGGUUCAGGGCCAAGUAGAUUUAUGGCGUAUUCUAUGACAGAUUCAACUCAGAAGCAUAAAUCAGGCCUUAAGGAGCCAAAAUAGCUUAUUGUAAGUCAUCCAAAUUUUUAAUACUUCAGUACUUUUCAAUACCGUGACUUUACAUACAUGCUCUAUUUUAAUGAUUAGAAGUACUGAAAAGUAUGGAGGCUUUACAAAAAGUACUGAUCUUCAGUCAUAUUUCACCAAGAGAGAGAACAGAGUGUGAACUGCACAAAUGCACACAUUAGCAAAUGUUUUGGUCCUGAAAUGUCGUACCUGAGACAGCAUGCAGGAGUUUGGCUACAAUAUUUGGUCAUUAAAACAAAAAAUACCCAAUUCUGGGCACAUAGGAAACUCAUCUGUUUCAUAAGGCAGGUGUGAAGAAGAACCAGUCCAUCAAAAAUAUUCUAUCCAAUGAAUUUGUGCAUUUUCUACAGUGUGCAGGAUUUCCUUGCAGAUUUUCGUAAUUAAAACAACAAAUAACCCAACACUGAGAGCCCAGAUCAUCUGUUUAGCUGCUGUGAUGUGGUUUCAGUUUACUAUGUGGUAGAGUCCAAUGGGCACAGUCGGUUUCAUUGUCAUGGCUGAUUGUUUCAGACGGCUAAAGCUCGCUGUGGGUUAGUUCAUAGACAAUUUUGAUAUAAAGGACUAAUUUGGACAAAUAUUUCAGAAUUUUGUAAGAGGAUUGGAUAACUAAAGACAGAAAAUGCUGGAAAGAAAAAAUGUGAUGGGCAUCUUUGUAGUUGGCUCAGUCUUUCAGGACCAACAGAAGUGUGCUGCAUUCUGGAGAAAAAAAAAUCUGCCCUGUUUUUUUUUUUUUUUUUUUUUUAAAGAAUUUGCAAUAUAGCUGUGGACAGUUUUUCUGAAAUUACAAGAUGUUUGCAUAAUUUAUUCUCAAAUAGGCCCUGUUUUUAGUUUCAUUUAUGUGCAAGGAGGGAAUUAUCGGCUUUAAAAAAGUCAUGGGAUGUUUUAUUGGUUUACACAAGGAUUUAGCCAACUUUGCUUUAUUUAUGGGAUAGUGAAUGAUGGUUUUUGCAGCAAACCAGCUAUAUUUUUCUUAAAUUUUGGGGAUUUUUAUUUUGUCCAGGAAAUGAUCACCAUUUUUCCAAAUUGCAAGUAAUAUUUUAAGGUUUACUGAAUGUACAAGAAGUUAAUUUGUUUGAGAAAAACAGCCCCAUUUCCUGAUUUUUAUGAGACUCAUUUUUAGAGGAAAAUAGUCCUUCUUCUUCAAAAUGUAUAUUCAAAUUUAUGUUGUUAAUGCAAGGAAUUUAUUCAGCAGAACAGCUCAUUUUUUGGGGUAUAAAUCUUUAAGAAUUACCUCUUUCAUGCAGGAAAACAGCGCUGGUUUUCAAAAUCAGACAGUUUACUCAUGCAUGAAGAAAAAGUCACCAUGAUUUUAAUUAUCUGUAAAUGUUUCUGUUUAUUCUUCGAUUAAAAAAAAAACUGUUAUUCUUAUGUUAUGGAACAGCUGGCUUGUUGUGGAGAAAAAAGCCCUGUUUUAAAAAAGUUAUGGAAUAUUUUAUUUGUUUACACAAGAAUUUAGCCAACUUUGCUUAAUUUAUGGGAUAGUGAAGGACGGAUUUUGCAGAAAACCAGCGAUGACCUUCUUAAAUAUAUGGGUUUUUGUUUUGUUCAGGACACAAGCAUCUUUUUAUUUUUAUUUUUUUUAUCAACUUGCAAGUAAUAGUUUAGUAAAGUUAUCUGCAUGUUUAUUCAAGAAAAAAAGUCCUGUUUCCUGAAUUUAUGGAACUCAUUUAUGGAGGAAAAUAGUCCUGCUUCUUAAAUAUUCAUGAGACAGUUUACUUGUUAAUGCAGGAAGAAGAUAAUGCAGGAGAUCAGCUCAGUUUUUUGGGGUUUGAAUCUUAAAGAAUUAACUCUGUCAUGCAGGAAAACAGCCCUGCUUUCUCCAUUUUGGAGACAGUUGACUAUUGCAUGAAGAAAAAGUCACCAUGAUUUUAUUUUUAUGGCCAUUUUUCUUUUUUUAUUUAUGGAAAAAGCCCUUGUAUUCUAAAUUCAUGGGACAGUUAGGAAUAUAGCUGACUUUUUUUUAAUUUAUGGGAAUAGUUGAUGUCUUUUUUGCAGGAAACCACUGACAAAUUUCUUGAAUUUAUGGGAUUUUAUUUUUUUCGGGUAGCAAGCAACAUUUUCCAAAUUGCAAGUUAUAUUUUAGUUGAGUUUUCUGAAUGUACAAAAAGUUAAUUUGUUUAUUCAAGAUAACAAAAAACCCUGUUUAUGAGACAUUUAAGGUGGAAAAAACGCCUGGUUCUUAAACAUUUAUAGGAAAGUUUAGUUGUUUUUGCAGGAUGAGUACCGUUUACCUAAAUGUAUGGGGUUAUGAUGUCACAGCAGCACUUUUUUCUGAAUUUUGGUGAUUUUAACUUGUUUUUUUAGGGAAAAUCAGUCGUGGUUUUACAUGUCAGAGACAGUUAUCUGGUUUAUUGAGAGAAUACGUUAUUAUUCUGAUUUCAUGGGAAACUUAACUCUUCUAUUCUGUUAACAGCCAUCAUUGUAAAUUUGUGGGAUAGCUAACAAGAUCUUUCAGGAGUACAGUUAUUUGUGUUUUAAAGUUCAAGAAUUAACUCUUUCAGCCCUGUUUUUCUACAUUUCAGUGGUCAUUUGCACUCAAGGUUAAAAACAUAAUAGUCAGCAUCUUUGAGGACAAUAGCUAAAGGUUGUUUAUGAGACAGUUGACUAUUGCAUGCCAGAAUAUAUCAUUAUUUUUAUUUUAUAUGAACAUUACUUUAUGGAAAAAGCCGUUAUUCUCCAGUUUUAAGGACAGCUGUCUCGUUCCUCUGGUGGAAAAAAAAGCCCAGCUUUUCUUUAUUACAAGAUUAUGAGCUGUUAAUGAAGAAAAGAAGCCCUUCUCUUUUAAUUGAUGGUAUAAUUAAGUAUCUCUAUCAGUACAAAUGCUUUAGAAAAAAGGCAGAUUUUUCACAUUCCCAGAGUGAGUUCAAUACUCUGUAAAACAAAACAAAAAGAGAAGAAAGCUUGAUAUGGAUAUUUUGAGCUACUGAUCAGUUCUGAAAGGUUAAGAGGCUCUAACUGUUGUGUAAAAAAAAUAAAAGUGAAUCCUUGGAUCUUUAAAACCUCUGUGAAGUUUGGUUAACAUGGUUUGAUUUCACUGAGAAUGAAACUCUUGUUUCUCUCUACAUUAUUUAGCUCUGCAGCUCCAUCUACACAUGAAUAGAGAAUCUAUGCAGUUUCUCCAUUUCACUUACCACAUGAGGAAUAUCACAUCGACUUUUUCUUGUUUGGAUAUAAAAUAGUUUGUACAUAAUGUGCAGAAUAGUAUUCAAAGGUCACACUAGUUUGUAAUAAAUAUAAAUGUAAAAACAGAUGGAUAUAAGCUAUAUGUAUUUCUCUCACCACAGUGGCCUAAUCUUUAAAAAAAUAUAUCUAAACGUGGGUCUGUUGACGUCACUUUCACUUCUGUGUUCAGUGAUAGAAAGUGCUGUGAGUGCAUUACCGUUCUGUAUCAUUUCCCUGGUCAGUGUUUUAUAUUUGGUAGAAAUACUCUCUGUUUAGUUACAGUAUUUAUUUUCCUGCUUGUUUCAUCAUCACAACGCGUGUAUUUGGUUUCUGUAAAAAGUAAAUGUUUUUUUCUGUCAUUUUUAAAAUAAAGUU